UCACGGAGGCUGCUGCAGUCUUCAGCCGGGCAGCGCGGCGUCAGGACCGCCGAAGAGGAAGGGCUCCGAGGACUCACACUAGGGGUGAUUGGUUUUCCGCAGUCAGCCCGGAGCAGAGCCAUGGACCCUCGCGCCGUGGUGGUGAGGCGCGGCUACAAGAGCUACGGCAACACGCCGGUCCUCGCCGACCUCAACAUGGCCGUCAGCAAGGGCAGCAUCUACGGUCUGCUGGGGGCGAGCGGCUGCGGCAAGACGACUCUGCUGAGCUGCGUGGUCGGGCGUCGACGCCUGGACUCCGGCCAAGUGACGGUGCUGGGCGUCGCCCCGGGCACCAGCGGCAGUGGCGUGCCUGGCAGGAGGGUCGGCUACAUGCCGCAGGAGAUAUCCCUCUACAGCAACUUGACCAUGAAGGAAAAUGUAUUUUUCUUCGGGAAGCUAUUUGAUAUGAAUAACAAAGAGCUAGAGGAACGUUUGAAAUUUCUGGUGCAAUUGUUUGAGCUGCCUGACAGCAACACUAAGCUGAAUAACUUGAGCGGAGGCCAGCAGCGGAGGGUGUCUCUCGUGGUGGCCAUGGUCCACGACCCGGAUCUGCUAGUCCUGGACGAGCCCACCGUGGGCAUGGACCCCAUGCUGAGGCUCACCAUAUGGGAGUAUCUGAUGGAGAUCUCCCGCGCCAGGGGCAAGACGAUAAUCAUCACCACGCACUACAUCGAGGAGGCCAGGCAGGCCGACACCGUUGGAUUGAUGCGAAACGGAUAUCUCUUGGAAGAAACAUCGCCACUUGAUCUGCUCGACAAAUACGGAUGCGAAUCUCUAGAGGAGGUCUUUCUCUUGCUUAGCACACGACAAGACGAAAAACUAGAUUCGUCUCAGUCCAUAAAUGCGCACGAAGAAGAAAGAAGCUCUGGCAGCUAUGAACUAGAGAAACUGGGCCAAAAUGAAAUCCACACUCCUGAAGAUGGCGCGUGCAGAGGUUCAAGAAAGAAGUGCAUUUUCUCCGAGGUGUCUACCGCGAAGAUCGUUGCCCUGCUCCACAAGAACGUCUUAACCAUCGGGAGAGACACGAUGCUGUUGCUGUUCUUCUUCGGGCAGAACUUGCUGGCGGUGGCGUCCUUCUACAUGGCGUUCGGUUUCAACCCCUCGGACCUGGCGAUGGCAGUGGUCAACCACGAUGCAACGUCCCCCAGCCGCACGUGUCAGGGACCAAGAGCACUUGGUGGCUGCAACUUCACUGACCUCAGCUGCCUCUUCCUCGACCACAUCGGGGGUCCCGUAUUCAGGAAGGAGUUCUACGACAGCCCGGAGGAAGCGCAGCGGGCUGUGGGUCUAGGGAAGGCAUGGGGCGCCGUGUACUUGGGGGAGAACUUCACCCAGGCGUUCGAGGAGAGGAUCCAGGGAGGCAUCCGCGUCGCCGAUGACGCUGUGGAGCAAGGCAGCAUCUUCACGUGGCUGGACAUGUCAGAUGACGUCAUCAGCUGGGCUGUGAGGGAUGAGCUCUACACCAAGUACCAAGAUUUUUCGCACCAAUUUCUGGGAUCCUGUGGCGUCAAUCCCAAGUACGGCGAUCUACCCAUGAAGAUUUUCAAGCCCGUGUUCGGCAAAUCGGAGGUUGAUUGCUUGUACGCCAUUGUUCCGGGUCUGCUACUAUUCUUGGCUUUCCUUCUCGGUGUUUCCUUAUCUGUCUGGACUGUCGUGCAUGAACGUGUUCACGGACUUCUGGCUAGAAGUAUGAUCUCAGGAGUGACGACCUUCGAAAUCAUGCUCUCCUACUUCUUGUGCAUGUUCGUGAUGAUCUGCAUGCAGGCGGGCCUUAUUGUGGUCUUUGCGUUCCUCCUGUUCCAUUACUACAACGUCGGCAGCCUUGCGCUGAUCAGUCUGUUCCUGAUAGCACAAGGCACCUGCGGCCUCUUGUACGGUUUCGUGAUAUCGGCGUGCUGCAACAACGAAGGAGAGGCUAUCCACUUGGCUACAGGAAGCUUGUACCCAUCGCUAUUCCUUUGUGGUAUCAUAUGGCCUGUGGAAGGAAUGAACAGGUAUCUGUACUACCUCAGCAUGGUGAUGCCGUUGACAUUGCCCAUCAGGGCCUUACGAUGGAUAAUGGUCCGUGGUUGGACCUUGAGAAACACGGAAGUCUUGGUAGGUUUCCUCACAAUGUUCUGCUGGAUGGCUGUGUUCUUGGUCGCCUGCAUGGUCGUCUUCAGGUUCAAGAAACUCUGAGGUCAUUCUGUAUCUGCCCCUACGAAGGCAGCUGGAAGUUCGUUGGAGAUUUUACUGCGACUGUGGUGUUUGUCGGGUAUGAAGACUGAAUGUCAUGAUGUGCCGCUAUACUGAAUUGUUGAAUGGAUGUUUGAGAUUCCUUUGGUUUCAGAAGAAUCUAGGUGUGUUUUGUUUGAAGAAGUUUACUGGAGAUUGUUCUGAAUGGACACGGAGAGCGAUGAGACGUUAAAACACAUGUAUUCAUAUCUCUCAAAACCAUUUCACUGUAGCAUCUGCGUGUUAACUUAUUUUUUAUAUGAUUUUCCUUAAUAAAGUGACACAUGAAUGUUGCCAGAAAUUUUGUAAAUGUUAGACAAUAGGCAACAUAAUUGGAGUAGGAAAAGCGUAUGCAAGAUCCAGGUAAUAUACAAUAAUAUCACAAUAACUAUGGUUGUAAACAACAAACAGUUAAAAACUUUCCAUAUUAAAUUUUUAAAACAGCAAGACACCGGAAGUAUUCUACAGUUUCUGAAAAGUAUUUGUUAGCAAAUAAACUUAUGCGAGACGAAUUAACCACAAUUAUUGUUGGCUUUGACUUAGCUUUAUAUAACUAAUACUAAGUGUGUCACUUUCCACGUACCUUCUGCCUGCCACGGUUUUGAAUACUCGCUUGACCUUUUUUACAAAAAGGUAGCAGAUAACGUGUACUUACUUUAUAUCUGGUGAAAAUAUGCAUAUAAAUAGUAAUUUAAUAAACUAUGUUUAUAUUGUGUAACAUCCUUUGGCCUGAAACAAAAAAAAAGAGUUAAAAUUCAAUCAUCUAAUAUAAAUAUUACGGCUGAGCCUUCUACAAAAGAUGCCAAAAAAAUUAAAUAAAUACUAAACCUGUGAUAUUGUUCCACUUGAUUCCUAGAGAUUUUAUUUCCUGUAUAUCAUGAUGUAAUAUUUCAAUUAAAUUUAUUUAUUUGUCGGUGAAAUAUGUUGUGUGAUGCUUGAAUUAAUUUUACUGACUACAUUUUACUGACGAUGAACGCUCGUAGUGGCGUCACAUGACCGGAAGCCUACAACUCAUGUAGUUUCGGUUCCCUGCAAGAAUUUCCGAAAAUUUCCGAAGUUUUGCGUUUUGGUAUUAACGCCACUUCAGCCGCUAAAUCAGAAGUUUCCAAUGAAAAGAAGCAUGUUGUGACUGACCUAAACAAGCAUGUUGUGACUGACCUAACAUAACCUAACCUUUCGAUUUUUUUAAUUUCAUUUUUUGAGAGAAAUCCGAAGUUGCACGAACGUGGUAGGGAACCGAAACUACGUGAGUUGUAGGCUUCCCGAGCUGGGUACACAAGACGUGCGCGCGCAGUAAAGUCCCAGAGUGCUUCGUCCAUCGCCAAGUAAACUCCACAAGGAAUCUAUGCUCUUUAUAAUCUAUAGAGUUUUGUGCGGAAUUCCAAGCGUAGUGAACUAACGUUAGUAGUUCAAAUUAUUUUAAAAUUAUUUAUGUAAUAAAUUCUGCCGACCAAAAACACUCCUUUACUGCACAACGUUUCUGCGUUCAUCGCAGGCAACAAACGUUUUGCGGCAGAUUUUACGAAGACGUUUGGAAAUAGACUACCGGUAGAUACUUGUGUGUCACCACUGUCAUUUACACCGGGGUGCAGGAUGUUUCGCACUUAGCAGAUCAUUAUUUGAUAUUUGGUUUUUGAUUUUAAAAAAUUGCCUUACUUGAAACUAAGUAUUUAGGAAAACACCAUAUCGAGGUUUUUCUUUCUGUGUGCCUGAAAUAUUAAUGAGUUAUAACGGUGUUUGCGUUGUGACGUCGUUGGGGCGAGUUGAAAAACGUGCAGCAUAAUCCUAAAAUAUUGUCAGAACUCAGCAAACAAUCUUUAAAUAUGCUCAUGAUUCAUUUCAUAGUAACUAAAAUUUUACAACAUAAACCCUUGGAAAGCACUUAAAUAUAUUUUGUUAUUAACAGUUUAUAGGUACAUCCUGUAGACGUCGCUAUAUUAUUAUUCAAGAACAUAAAUAAACACCAAUCUUUCAGACUUAUAUAAGGCAGUAUACAAAUAUCUGGUUAAUUUUUACUUGCCUUACUCUUUGGAAGUAAAACUGACGUAUGCCAUAAAUGUAUGGUAAUAUACGAUCUUGAAACUGAAAAUUAAAAUGUGUGUGCUUACGAAAUAAAACAAUUAAGCCGAAGUAAACAUGCAUUUCAACUUGUACGUGUGAUUUUAUCGCAAAUUGUUCAAUUAACUCCACAAAAAAAGCUGCAUUUAUUUUAUUAAUUUUAAUCUGAGUAUUAACAUUUUGUUUAACUGAAUGAUGUUCUACAACCACCGCGAAUUUCGUGGCCAAAGAAAAAUUAUUUUAUUGAAAUAAUUGAAACACCUUUAUUUUCCAUAUAUUUUUGUGAUGUUUUACAAUAUUGAUUUUGGAAAUACUC